CCCCCCUUCCCCCCUCCCGGAAGUGGCUCCUGCCCCGCGAUCCCCGGCGCAUGCGCAGCGCGGCGAGGCCGGGCCCGGGCUCGGUACCUGGCCAGGUUGAGCGAGGCGACCGGACCGGACCGGACGGGCCGGUGGGGGGAGGCGUCGCCAUGAUGCGGUUCAUGCUCCUGUUCAGCCGGCAGGGGAAGCUGCGGCUGCAGAAGUGGUACCUGGCCACCUCGGACAAGGAGAAGAAGAAGAUGGUGCGGGAGCUGAUGCAAGUGGUGCUCGCCCGCAAGCCCAAGAUGUGCAGCUUCCUGGAGUGGAGGGACCUCAAGGUGGUCUACAAAAGGUACGCCAGCCUGUACUUCUGCUGUGCCAUCGAAGGCCAGGACAACGAGUUGAUCACGCUGGAGCUGAUCCACCGAUACGUGGAGCUGCUGGACAAAUACUUCGGCAGCGUAUGCGAGCUGGAUAUCAUCUUCAACUUUGAGAAGGCCUAUUUCAUCCUGGACGAGUUCCUCAUGGGCGGGGAGAUCCAAGACACCUCCAAGAAGAGCGUGCUGAAGGCCAUCGAGCAGGCUGACCUGCUGCAGGAGGAGGAUGAGUCACCCCGCAGCGUGCUGGAGGAGAUGGGGCUGGCGUAGCGAGUGGUUCGCUGUGCCUCCCCCCCCGCCCCCACCCAGUCCGUCCCGGCUUCGUCGGACACUGCGGGGGCUGCAUCUCCGUCUCCCUCGCCCCGUGGGGCAGCAGCCGGACGUGGGACCAGUUCUCCCUGGAGCCGACGGGGGGGUGAGCCCCAUGAACUGUGUGUAAAGAUAUAUAUACCACUCGGGGGGCCCACGGGACCCUGCCAGAGCCCCCCACCCGGGUCCGUCUCCUUCCCUGCUCCCAGGCGUUCUCCUUCCUGCUGAUGGCCUCUCAGAGUAGGGAGAGGGUGGAGAGGGGAGCGGCUGUUCACUGCCUGGCCAGGGGGGGCCUAUGCAGAGCGAUCGCCCCGACACACUGAUCCUGCUGCCGCCCGGAGCAAUUGCGACGCCACAGCUGGGUACCGCUGGGCCGGGGGCUGCAGGCCGAUCCCGGGGUCCCAUUUCCCCCGGCGUCUUCGUGGGCGGGGAGCUCAGGGCGUGGGGGAGUGCGUGUGCCCCCCCCCUUCGGGAAACGGGGUCCCCCCCCUUUGGAAUAAAGUGUGUGUGGAGAA